AUGCGUUUCACACCAACUGUUCUUAGCCUUUUGGGGCUCGCCAACUUCGGCCUUUCACUACCAGCUGAUGGAACGGGUGGUACUGGUCUCAAAGUCGCUGGAGGACUUCCUUACCCACUUGAGCCAUUUACCUUCAAGGGUAACAUCGGUGGUCACGACGUCGAGCUCACUGGUUCCAUCGACGAGCAAAUCGAAUAUAUGGUCAAAACCUAUCCUGAUUUCGACCGUGAGAACUUCCAGGCCAUCUCGGCUGAAAGUGUCGGCACAUCACCAAGCCCAAAGCGUGAUGUUCUUGGAACCAACAACAAAAUUGGCAAGGGACAAUGCUGCGAUGAGCCACAUAUGAGAGGUCACAACUGGCAAUACGUUUACACCAGCACUGUCCAACGAGCUAUCAACGAGUUGAAGAACAACGAUAACAACUACUCCAUUGAACCAAGCUGCAAAUAUCUGGCAACGUAUGCUGAGGACAUCAAAGGUCACUGUAUUCACACUUUGACCUCUGAUGGUAUCACCUUCUUGACGACCACAUGUGGACAACAGUUUGACACUGAUAACUACAACGUCGUCGUCAAUUUGACCAAGUAG